GAGUGAGUGCGACACCCACGUGGCAAUCCACAGGAGGUACCCGGGCGCUGUUGCGUUCCGGCAUGGCGGAGUCAGAGGGUCCCCCCUCGGGCUCGAAGCGCUUCGAGCAGGGCUCGGCCUUCGUGUGCGUCGAGUACCCGGGCGUCGUGAGCAACCCGGACGCGAUGCUCGCCACGCUGGGCGGCCUCGAGAGCCUUUCAAAGACGUACGCGGAGCCGACGCGCCGCCUGGAGCUGUGCUUCCGCCCCGGGGACCCGUUCUGCCACCCGGUGUGCGGCGACCGCCUCCCCGCCACGGGGCUGCUGAUUCGCAUCCGGCGUUGCUGCCGGCGCCGGCGGGCGAGGGGGACGACUGCGGGGAGCGACGAAGACGGCUCCUCGUCGGCGAGCGCCGCCGCCCCCCCCGAGGAAGUGAAGUACGACAGCGAGGCGCUGGGCAUCAUCAACACGACCUACAAGUUCCAGGGCAUGGCCGAUUUCCAGUACCUGGCGACGCGGUCGGGCCCGGACGGCGCUUGCGUGUCGCUCUACGACCAGGUUCUGCUGCGCAACAUGGAGAGCCCCGAGUUUUUCCUGCGCGACGCGCCGCUCUUCCUCCCUCCGCCGAUCUUCUCGCGGCUCGACAACCCCAUCGACUACUACUACCGCCCGGAGGUGCAGCACAGGGAAGGGUACAAGCAUCCCCCGAAGCUGUCGAGCGAGAACCUGAUCGGACACGGGCGCGCGCGGCGCCCGCACAACGCCAUCUUCAUGACCUUCGAGGAGCCCUGUGCGCCCGCACAGCCACUGGACGCCGCCGUGGAGAACUGGCGCAAGCUGAACCUGCAGGCGGGCGAGCGCGACUCGGAGACGGAGCUGAGGAAGCUGUUCCAGGAGAGGCCAGUGUGGUCUAAGAACGCGAUCAAGGCAAAGCUCAACCUGCACCCAGAGAAGCUCAAGGUUCUGCUGCCGACUGUCGCCUACUACACGCUCACCGGGCCGUGGCGGAGCCUGUGGGUGCUGUUCGGAUUCGAUCCCCGCAAGGACGCCUCCUCCAAGGUUUACCAGAUGCUGGACUUCCGCCUGCGCUGUGGCAUCAAAUACGGCUUCGUCAACAAAAACCUUCCCGUGAAAUCCAAGAGAAGCACCUUCAAUUACAGCCUCCCCAACACCAUCAGCAAGCCGAACCCGCACGCAGCGAACAUGCAGCAGCUCGCCGACUCCUCCAGCGCGGAGCUGUCCUCCGACGGGCGGACCGCAGCGGCGACUGCCAAGCACAAGCUGGAGGCGACCGCGUUCAUCUUCCAGCGGGGCCAGCUGCCGCCGUACCGCCAGAUGUUCUACCAGCUGUGCGACCUGCACGUCGACUGCCUCCAGGAGAUAGUUCAUCGCAACGAUGGCAAGGAGACGGUGUGCACGGAGAAGGACGGCUGGUGCCUGCCCAGGACAUGCGACCGGCUGCGGAACAUCAUGUCGAACAUUGUGCGCGACCACAUCCGCCAGCGGAGUCCCGGUCUGGUGCUGGACAGCCCACACCGAAGGCACAAGAAGGACUUUGCUUGGCCUGAUGAGGGGGAGGAAGAGGAGGAUGAAGAGGAAGAUGAAGAGGAGGAAGUGAUUGGGGAAGAGGAGGCGGUGUCAGAAGCAAGCGAGAACGAGAUGGAGACGGAGAUCCUGGACUACCUGUGAUGGAUUUUGCACGUACAUGGAACUGGGAGCCUCCCCCAUGCACUGAUAAAUUAAACAGUAGCCCACAAGCCCCCAGGGGGUUGUUCAUCACUGCUCUAUGCCCCUACAGAGGCCAUCUCAACCACAUCUGGAAUGGGGCUGUAAUGGAAAGUUGGGGAAACGUCUGCAUGUGGUGGCUCCGUGAUGCCAACCACAUCAGCAUCUCCAGCUGCCAGUUGUAGGGUGCAUCCUGUCUUGACCAAGUUGUGGCUGCCAUAUUAAAGGGCCCCCCGAGUAACUGAAAAGGGACAGUAUCACAAUCAAUUAGCAGGCCAGUUCACAGCAAUGGGUUAUGUUGUCAAUGUUUUUUUCUGUAAUCACUUUCAGGAUUGGAUUGCCCAUUACUAAAAGCCAUGGAACAGAAUAAGAGCCCCUAUCUUGGCAGCAAACCUUGGACAGGCUGUAACUCCCAAGCCUCAUCAGCAGAUGUUGUCUGCUGCAGGGCACAACUCUGGUUGAACCACAACAGGUAGCCGAAAGGGGGAGCGCGCCAGAGGUUGAGGUUUGGUGAAGGGGAUUGGUAGGUAGGUUGACAAAGGG